AUGACCGUCGUGCUAGUGGCAGGUGUCGCCGGCGGGCUGGGCCACCGCACCGCCCUCGCGUGCACGCGGCUGCCGGGCACCACCGUGCGCGGCCUGGAUCGGUCCCUCUCUCCCAGCGACCCUGAAACGCAAAAGGUGCUGGAGGCUCUGAAGGCCGCGGGAGUGGACCUAAUGGAGGGCGACCUCCUGCAGCCCGGCACCCUGGGCCCUGCGGUGGCUGGCGUGGAUGUGGUUGUGAGCUGCGUGAUGGGGGAUGAGGCGGCCAUGGUGGACGGCCAGGCCAGCCUGCUGAAUGCCGCCAAGGCCGCGGGAUUUGUGGCCUCCACCUUUUCAGUGAAUGUGUUUGCUCUGGACCGCGACCAAGACUCCGCCGUUUGCUCCAUGGCUCUGCAAUUUGCUGACAUCCUCAAGGACAGCGGCAUGCCGCACCUGCACAUCAACGUUGGCAUCACCACGGAAUGUUUCUGGGGCGUCAUGGGGCUGUACUGCCACGAAGAUGGCACCCUCCGCUAUUACGGCUCGCCUGACCAGAAGCUGGAUGUCACCACCUCGCAGGACACGCUUUCCAUUAAUGACGUGGCGGCAGCCUACAAGGAGGUGUAUGGCAAGGAGCUGCCCAGCAAAUGCCUGGGUAGCAUUGAUGACCUUGCGGAAGAGCUCAGCCGCCGCAUGCAAGCCGACCCGUCCGCCUGGCAGAUCUGUGUUCCCCUCAUGUACCAGCGCGUCGUGUUUGAUGGCAGCGCCAAGCUGCAGCACGUGGCCAACGACAGGUAUCCCGAUGUGCACCCCACCGACAUGCGCUCCUUCCUGCGCCAGCACCCAGACCUGGCGGCCGUGGCGUGGUGGCCCGACGGCACCCCGCUGCCACCCGAGUUCUACCGCAAGUAG